ACCACGUGUGAUGUUCUAUAUUUGUACAUGUGUAGGACUAAACCGGUAACAAUGGCGGUAGUAAGUGGUACUGUAAUCCUCUUGGUGGCUGGAGCCUGGCUCAUGUCCAUGCAACCUGCAGUGGAGGCAAAGGCCAAGAAAGAACUUCUAAUCACUGAUGUGGUGUUCUUUGAUGUGGAGCAUGGUGGGGAAAAGAUGGGAAGAAUUGAGAUUGGUUUGUUUGGGGAUGUGGUGCCAAAGACGGUCAAAAACUUUGUGUCUCUGGCCACACACGAGAAAGGCUUUGGGUACAAGGGCAGUAACUUCCAUCGCGUUAUCAAAGAUUUCAUGAUUCAAGGUGGUGACUUCACUAGAGGAGAUGGUACAGGCGGCAAGAGUAUCUAUGGUGACAAAUUCAAGGAUGAGAACUUCAAGAUCAAGCACGAGGGUCCCGGAUGGUUGAGCAUGGCCAACGCAGGCAAGGACACCAACGGCUCUCAGUUCUUCAUCACCACCGUUAAGACCUCCUGGCUCGAUGGACGACACGUUGUCUUCGGGAUGGUCAUCAAUGGAAUGGAUGUUGUGAACGAGAUACAGGAAGUUCCGAAGAAACCCGGCGAUCGUCCUGAAAAAGAUGUGACUAUUGUGGAUUGUGGGACUAUACCAGUGGAGGAACCAUACGCUGCCGAUUAUUAAUGGAGACAUUCCGAUGUGUAUAUACAUGAACAUUUACGAUUAUUGGACCGAGAACUUUAGAUUGCAUAUUUCUGUAUUAGUUUUAUCAAUUUGUAUUGCGAACAAAAAGAAUAAUUAUGCAUGUACGUAUAUAUAUAUACGUGUACGUGAAUAUAAAUGAACAAAGUUUUGAA